AUGGGCGUGGCAUCUACAAUAUGGCCCAUCGCUUUCGCUGCAGUUAUCGGUGCCCUUGUUCGAACUAUAGCUUUAUUCAAAGCAGAGAGAGGAACAAGCCUCGGUACCCUCGAGGUUCUGUUGGGUAGCCAAACCCUCACAAACACUUUCAAGAGUCCCCCGCUCGGUGGUCAGGCCGUUCUUCGCACUAGCUAUACUGCAUCACACGCUGAAGGCCAGAGCUACCCUUUAAUGUACAGCCCUGCGGCAACUGUUGGGCCACCACUCAACUACGGCCUUUGGGAGAGUGCAUCGUAUAGAGGCACGACCCUUGGUACAAUCGUCCCCAUGUUCCGAACCGCGCUCUCUGCGCCCAGCGCCCUUGGCCAAGCUGCCAAUGGUUCCAGCCCAAACUUCGACGCCGUGAUAGAAAGACUUGGAGGAGCGGUGGUAGCAAGCGCCGGCGCGAGAUUAGAUCUCUGGGGUAACGUGCGUGUGCCUGAGGUUACUUCCUUGCCGGGGUAUCGCUCAAGUGAUCCGCAUAGCUGGAUCGACGUCCCUACCGUCCAACUGGUGAAUUAUGAGUCUCUUGUGGGCAUUCCGCUUCGAGGCAUGCCUACAGACUCCCCUGGAAAUUUGACACUCGAAUUAUCGGCCGCCUAUCUGGCCCUUGAGUGGCUGUUGGACACCAAAGAUGGUCUGUGGAUUUACAGAUACUCAAAUUCGAGCAUUCCCCGAGAAGACAAUGUUGGCUUUGGAGGCGGUAGUCCCAACGUCUUUAUGGAUAUCCCAGGCCGCCCAGGCCCCCAUCGUGGCUUCAAUUUCUCGUCCAAGGAUAUAACGAGCAAAGGAAACAUCACCCAGGGUACGUUGGUAUUUGGGAGCGCCCAGAACUCGACUAUCUGUGACAUCAGUCAUGUAUACGUUGAUGUCAGCGUCGAGUGCGAACGAUCACAACAACUUGACUUGACUGCUCUCAAUAGAACAGGCCCUGCUGCGAUCUUUGCCGCCCUCCCAUGGCUUACACCCUCUUACCACAACGGGUACAAGUCUCCCAUUGAGAACUAUCUCGCCGACCCUGCUCAAGGCAUAUAA